AUGACUACUACAAAUAAACCGGUCCUAUCUAUUAAAGAACAUCUACGUCUAUUUACGAAUUGGAUAAUGAAAAAAGUUAUUGAACGAGAUUUAGUUAAAAUGCUUUCAUGUCAGAUAACAAACAAUAAAUCACGUACUCAAACAGUUCUGGAAAUAACAAAACAUGAUAAAUUAUCUACUGAAACACUUAAAGAUAUUAUUUCUUCAUUUGAAAAUUUAUAUAUGGAACAAGAAUUCGAUUUUCUUAAAUCAAGUAUAAGCAUGUAUGCGAUUAUUCGAUUUAAUCGAGAAUUUGAUAUUCUUUCUUCUAUAACGCAAUUAGAUGAUCUAAAGUUAACAUCUCAACAAAGGAUAUUAAAAUCAAAUCUUUUAAUAGUUCAUAAUAAAUUAUUCAGAAAAGAUAUGUAUCUAUCCGAAGAAAAUUUAGAUAAUUUAUUUAUUAAUAAUAAAGAAUCCAGUAAAACAUUAAAAGAAUAUUUAAAAUUAAGAGACGAUGAAUUUACAUUUGAAAAUAUUCUUAAAAAGUUAUAUCAUCUUCAAAAAACUGACAUUAACUUUAAAUUUCUACAAUCUGUACCUGAAUUUUUCUUUGUCUACUAUGUUUUUCCUCACUAUAACUUACAAAAUGGUGCAUUCUAUUUGGAAGAAAAACAAAUGACAAAUAAUUCAUCUUCAACAACAACAACGGCUACAAUAACAACAGCAAGCUGCACUACAACUACAGGCACUUCUUCCUCUACGAGAACCACACCACGUCCAUCUAGCCGUAUUAAUUCACCAAUUAUAAAUUCUUCGAUAUCAGAUCGUCUUUCUCCAUCACCUUCUUCUUCUCAUCGACGUUCGACCUCUUUACCUACUGCUAAUCGCUUAUUAGUAUUAACACCAAGGCCUGAUCAUCAGACAACUAUUAAUACAAACGAUAACGAUUUUGAUCUCGAUAACGACGAUAAUGAUGAAGAAAUAAAUAAUGAAGAAGGGCAACAACAAAUUAAUGAAAUAAAUGAUAAUAAUAACUUAAAACAAAAACAAACAAUUUUAAAUAAUUAUAAUGUCGAUGAUGAUAAUGAUGAGGAAUUAGCUCAAUGUCUACAUCAAUUACGACACGAUAUGUACGGAGAUAUUCCCUUUACUGUUCGUCGUUCAUCUCCAUCUCGACCAUCUUCUACCAUUCAUCAAAAUUCUACUACUCAUCGAAUAUUAUCACAACGACAUCGACCUUCUACUUUAAUAUCAACAAAUACUGAUAGAAUCAAAACAUUUUCUUCUUCUUCAACAAAUACUGACCCGAUCGAUCCAUCACAUAUAAACCAAUUUGAAGAACUACAUUUAAAAUUUAAAUAUACUUCUUUAAAAUUAGAAUUGGACUGGAUUGAAAUGUCAACAAUAGAUACUGACAAAACAAAAUCCAAAUAUGUAACUUCAUGUCAACAAACACAAUUAUCUGGUACAUCAAAGAUAAUAUUUACAACUAAUACAAUUAGAAAUGAUAUCCCUCCAGAAACUAUAUUUAAAAAUGAAUUACAUAGAAAAAAACGAUACGAAAAUCAUCUAGCCAUACUAAAUCUACAUAAAGAACGUAAUUCUUAUCCUUCUGCACUAUCAUCUAUGCCACAACCUACAAUUGGAAACGACGAUAACGAUUUUAUAAAGGAAUGGAAUGAACUGUUAAAUGAUUCACGUCGUAAUUUAAUGAAUAAAACAAUAGAAUAUAUAGAAAAUAAUUUAAUUGAAAUUAAUGGUAAAAUAGAAUCAGUAAGAGACUUAAUU